UUCAGGCGCACUCGCAUCCCAAGCUCUCUUUUGCCCGGUUCUCCACAUAUAACACGUUCGCUUUUUUUUUUUUUUUUUUUUCUUAACUUCUCUCACACUAUAUAUACAUAUUAUCCAUUGACGUGUUGGGAAAGUGUCAUCGUGCGUCGCUUCAUUCCGUGUCAGAUGAUUAACCAGUGCCAAAAAAAAAAAAAAAAAAAUUUCCAUCGAACCAUUUAGGCCAAACACGUUGUUUGAAAAUUUUUAACUGAUCGGUUUGUGGUGCCAUUUUUUUUUUUUUUUUUUUUUGAACAAUGCAGGAAUACUUUAGUGCCGGUGUUGUAAAGAGUGUAAUUUUUGAUAGUACAUCCACUAAUCAAUUUAAUGUUUAUGAUAAAUAAAUUUUUACAUUUGAUGAAUGAACACGUGAGGCAUCUUAUUAAAAAAAAAAAAAAUUGGAUGCUGAUUUUGCUGAUAAAAUUGGAUAUAGGAAAGAAUUUUUGGAACUGUUUUUUUAUAACUGUUAAAUUAGGUGGAUUAUCUGCUGAACAAAUUGAAUGAAGGAUUUGAUACAGAAGGAAUAUAUAAUUUGUUGCAGAUUUUUGGUAUAGAAGAUACUGAAUUUGUUGCAGAUUUUGGUAUAGAAAAUAUUGAAUUUGUUACAAGAUUUUUAGUAUAGGAUUUCAGUACAGGAUUUGUUUGCAGAUUUUACUAACGCAGAAUUUAAGUACAGAAGGUACAGCAUUUGCAGAUUUUGGUAACAGAAUUUAUUAUACUAUAAAGGUACUGCAUUUGUUGCAGAUUUUUGUAACAGAAUUAUAAUUAUACAGAAGGUAUAGAAUUUGGUAAAGUCGUUGAAAAAAUUGUUGCAGAUUUUGCUAACAGAAUUAAUUGCAUAAGGUACAGAAUUUGUUUACAGAUUUUGGUAUAACAGAAUUAAGUGCAUAAGGUACAGAAUUUGUUUGCAGAUUUUCCUAUAACAAAAGGUACAGCAUUUGUUGUAAAAUUUUGAUAAAGCAUUGAAGAAUUAGAAAAAUUUUGAUCCAGCAUUUUUUUUGUGCAAAAAAAAAAUAAUUUUAAACCAUCUGUUGAAGAAUUUAAUACAUCAUUAUUGUUUAACCUAAACAGUAAAAAUUAAUCUCAUAUAAAAUUAAUUUAAAAAAAAAUACAGCUACAAAAUUUAAUAUAUAUAUAUAUAUCCAUUAAGGAUUAUAUCUAUAUGCAUAGUUUGGUUAUUAUUUUUAGUGAAGAACACCUAUAAAAGUAUAACGUCGGUGUAUAAGGAUUAUAAGAUGCCCGUUAAGGUAUAUACACAUAACCGCGUCUCUGUUAAAGAAGAUCUAUAAAGUAACAUCUGUUAAAGAAGACCUAUAAAAAAAAAAAAAAAAAAAAAAAAAAAAAUGCCAACAUUAGUUUUUGUUAAAAAUUUUCAAUAAAUUUUUUUCAUCAUUCUAAGUAGAAAAGUGAAGGCAAAAAAAUAGUGCACGGCUAGUGAAAGUGAGUUUUUUUAGAGAGAAAAAUAUUCAGUGUUUGAAAUACAAUAGAAGAAAAGGGGGAAAAAAUAAUUUUAAGGAAAGCAAAAAAAGAAAGUGUAACAAGAGAUGUAGAAUUUUUUUUUUUUUUUGAGAAAAGAAGAAAACAAUUUGAAAUGAAAACUUAGUGAAAAUACCCAUUUUUUUGUGGGGAAAAAAAAGAGAUUAUAAUUUGCGUAAAAAAAAAAAAAAGGGUAGUUUAUAAACACCCAAAGAGGAAGAAGGAUGCUGCUUCACGAGAGUCUUGUGCCUCUGACACUCUUGGUGGUCGUAUAUCGUCCGAUGACAUUGCACGGACGCAGGGUCGCGCCGCUUAUGGAAGACGAUUGGGCGAGGAGGCCACAUCGUGCUACCGAAUGUACAUUUGGCAAACAAAUACGAGAAUUGGGUUCGACGUGGCAUCCUGAUUUGGGACCUCCAUUUGGUAUUAUGUUCUGCAUAAAAUGCGAGUGUAUACCAAUACAAAAAAAGAAACGAAUAAUCGCUCGAGUACAAUGCAGAAAUAUUAAAAACGAGUGUCCCAAAUUGACAUGCGAUGAACCAGUUUUACUUCCGGGACGAUGCUGUAAAUCCUGUCCCAAUGAAUACAACGCUGACAUUGUUCAAGAUCUUCCGGCUCAAUUGUCCUUGGAGGAGGAGGAACGUAGCCUAAAACAGUUUGGAACACUUCUAACUGGUAGAACGAGUCAAAUUUUGAAACGUGAUGAUUUUGGUAAAAAAUCAACAACAACGUCUUCAUUUGAUGUUGUUUCAAAUUACAUAGCAACAGGUCGUUUUACAUUUCAUCGUAAAAAUCUCUACUAUUCGUUUGCAUUCACGGCAAUGACGCCACGACCAAGGAUAUUACAAUUUCUCGAUGUAACGGGUAAUAUUUUAGAGGAACAAACACUUGAUCCAAUUGGUGGGGUUUAUCAAAAUGCAACCGGUAAACUUUGUGGUGUUUGGCGAAGAGUUGCGCGAGAUUAUCGUAAAUUAUUAAAAGAAGAAAGACUAUUUGUGAGUCUUACUUGGGAAACGACGUCAUCAUUAAAUGGACGUUUAUCGAGAUAUCGAGCAUUGUCCACUGAACAGUUUAGUUCACUUUUGGAACCAUCUUUGGGUGUUGAUCGUGCAGCAAUGUCAGGUUCCGGUGCAACUGCAAUUGUAUCAGCAACUUCGUUUAUUUCAACACCUUCUGUUCAUAUUUCGUUGAUAUUCAAUGGACUCUUUUUACCCAAUGAUAUUGUUGAUGUGCCAAUAGUUGUUCAAUUGGAGCACGCUGAAAAAAAUCACAUUGUAUUGCGUGAGGAAAUUUUGGUGAAGAAACCAUCGAAUGAAAUAAAUAGCGGUGAAGUUAGAGGGACGAUAACGGUGACGGAUCUGAGGUUACUUUCCAGGGGAAAGCUCACCAUCAGUAUUAUGUCAAAGAAGGAUCCAGAGGCGUUAAAAUUAUCGGGAGCAGUUUCGCCAAGAGUCAGUUGUGAUAUGUAUCAGGCACUAUUGACUUCUGAUGUGGGAACAGCGUCGGGACUUGGUUGGGCAUUUUUGGAUCGAUAUGGAGCAAUGAGGUAUGGAUUCGAAGUACUGGGAAUGGAGAAUCAGUAUCCGGUUGCUUUGACUCUUAUUGACGAGAGUGGUAAGAAAAAACUUGAGGUCGAGGAUUUAACGCCUUCGCUGAUUGGAGGUGUUGCUAAUGGAACACUCGAGAGACCUGGACCUAGACUUUUGGAACCACUUUUGAAUGGAGAUCUCGCAGUGGUUGUGUCUUCUUUACAACAAACUGGUAGCAGUCUUAAGGGACGUUUAGUCGCAAGACCAGUUGCUGAUGCAAGAGACACGGCUGGUCCUGUUCUUUUGCGAAGGGUCGAUCAAAAGGAUGCAAAUCCAGUACCCGUGGGUUUAGUGUGGGCAUCAGUUGAUCCCGAUUGUACUCUACAUUACGAAGUAGAAAUUUCCGGUCUUCCAAAUGAUCAAGAUACAAGAGGUUUGAGGCUCUAUUUGGAAACAAUGCCAGCUUUGGCGCAAGGUGCUCCUGUAUCGAGGCGAUUACUUGAAGAAUUUACGGGAUCAGUUUUGGAGGGUUCGGUGGCAGGACUAUUGCCAGUGGAACUCUAUCGUAUAGAAUCGGGUAUUGGAUUUCUUGAAGUGACGAAUAAUCAAUCGAGUAAAUUGCUGAAGGCUCCGUUUAAGACAAGAGCGCCUUUGAGUUGUUUACCUCAUUAUGCAGACAAUGAUGUGGCAUCGGUGGUUGCUUAUAACCUUCAACCACCACAAUCGGAUCUAGAAGUAACGGCUUGUUUUCAUGAGACACGAUUUUAUGAAGAGGGAACACAAUGGACGUCGAGUUCAGAUCCCUGUUCCAUGUGCCAUUGUCGCAGGGGAUUGGCGCACUGUGAUCCUGUUCCGUGUCCUGUUUUACAAUGUGCAAUUGGAAAACAAAUGAAGGCACCUGGGAAUUGUUGUCCCAUUUGUUCAGUAUCGAAACUCAAUGAUGACAAUACGACAAUUGCCCUGACGAAGGGAUGCACUUUGGCUGGACAAUUUCAUCUUGCUGGAUCAUCAUGGCAUCCUUAUUUGCCACCAAAUGGUUUUGAUACUUGUGCCCUUUGUACCUGCGAUAUCAUGACACUCCAGGUGCGUUGUCCACGAGUUCAGUGUCCUCCAUUAGACUGCGAUGAGAAGGAUGCGUUCAGACCGGAAAAGAAGGCUUGCUGUAGACAAUGUCCAAUUUUAAAUGUAACUUACGCCAAUGGAACGGAAGCACAACUUCCAAGGGAUCAGGCAGCGAUAUCGAUACGUCGCACAUCAGAAGAGAUACUCGCCUCAGGUGGAUGUAAAUAUCCCAUUGGUGGUCCUUAUGAAAAUGGAAAAGAAUGGCAUCCACGAAUUCAUUCACAUGGGGAGGCAAAGUGCGUCAAGUGCCGUUGCAAGAACGGUGACAUCCGCUGCGAUCGUAAACGAUGUCCACGAUCAGUUUGCAAUUCAAUUGUACAUCAAAUAAGACGUGGUGAACGUCCCGCUAAUUUGGAUGAUUGCUGCGCUUAUCAAUGUCGACGAGCACGACGUCAUCAUCGAAACAAUCAUCAUUCGUCGUCAAAACACGCAGUUGCACUACGUGGACUCAGCUGAGUUUUCGUCUAAAAAAAAUGUUUGUGUAAUUUUUUUUUUUUUCACUUAAUAUUCCAUCAAUUUUCUCUGAUUGAUUGAUAAUGUUUUGCAAUAUAAUUUGGCUCUUAUCACAAAAGCCAAUAAUUUAUAAUCACUCUCUCUCUCUUCUACUCGAAUAUUACUGACCAAUCAGAGUUGCUUUGAAAAAAAAUGAGUUGUGGACGUACCUUAAUGUCAUAAAUAUUGUUCACACCUGUUGUUAUGGUAAUAUGUCUCCCUCAUUGCUUUGAUACCAUAUAGACAGUAGUGUGAACAAACCCUAAGAGGGAAAUUCACUAGAACAUCCGAAAUGUGAAACUAUGUCCUCUAUAAUAUUCUGCCAUUUUGUAUUGUAAAAUGAGCUUUAUUUGAGAAGAAAUUUUUUUUCACAUUUCAAAUGUUUUAGUUAUAUUUCUAUUGUCUCUUUAGUAAAAAAAAAAAAGAGAGAGAUAGAGGGAGCGUCGAAGAGAAAGGUGCGUCAUUAUUAAAAACUUGCCAAUUUGCGCGCACCCGCACUCUCCGAGUUACCCAAAAGCCAAAGAAGACUGAAGAACCUAGAUGGCGUUAUCAUCGGUUCUUACAUUAAAAAAAAGCCAUUGUUAAUCGUACGCUAUAUAUAAAUUUUUUUUCAAAUCGCGAUGCAAAUCAAUUAUGGCAAAUUGAUAUUUAACCUGAAAAAUACUCAAUGUACAGAAGCUUAGCAUUUAAAUUUUGCGCUCUUUUUUUUAUGAAAUAUUAUUUUUUCAAAGAGCUGACAGUGUCAGUGAUUAUUUUUCAGGUUAUGUUGUUACAAUACAAUUUCAAUUCCUUUCGUUUGUUUUUUAUUUCUGUUAGAUUUUUCUUUUUUUUUUUUUUUUGAUCCAUUGAAAAAAUUUAUUUUGUCAAAAUAGAAAAUUUUUGUAUAUUUUUGAUUGGCUUCUUCAAAACUUGUCCAACAGUAAACCAAUUAAAAUACAAGUUACAUGGGAAAUGUCGCUUUUACCCCUACCAUCUUAAAAAUUGAUUUGCAUCCGAUUUUCGCCCAAUUCAUCGCUUUUCACAAGCAUUCAUUAUUAUUAUUAUUAUUAUUAUUUUUCUUAGAAUUAAGUAUAACUUAUAUAUUCAGACCAGAUUUUGAUAUAAAACUUCGAUUCUUGAAUUGAAAUUUUUUAGAAUUUCAAAAAUUCUGAGAAUUGGAGGUUAUAAUCGUCAAAAAAAAAAUUAUUUUUUUUGCAGCUACUUUAUUGUAUUUUAACUUUCUGAAAAAUCAAAAAAAAUUUCCUUUUUUUUGUGCUAUUGUGACAAUAAUAAUUAUUAGUAUUAGAAAAAUCUGAUAAUUGUUGUAAAAUUGUCAAAAUGCAAAACGUAAACAGAAAAAAAAAAUGUAAAAGGUAAAAAUUGCCUCGGGUAAGGAAAAAAAAAAUUAUCAAACGUUAUUGAUUGGGAUUUAGUAAUUAUUAGGGGAAAAAAAUUACCGGCCAAUCAAAAACGUUUAAUGCAUUGGAAUUUUUAGUAGGGGGGAAAGCAAGGUUGAGAAAAUUUGUACUCUAGUCAAUUUUUACAUUCAUCUUUUUCUUUACGUUUUUCUUAUUAAUUAGGCGCGGAUUUUUAUGUGAGUAAAAACAAUUUUUUUUAUAAUUUUUUUUUUUUAAUAAUCAGCAGGAUUUUUUUUUUUUUUUUUUGUAAUAAUAGCAGAAUAUUUUUUAUACUGUUUUAGUUUUUCAUAUUUAUUUGUAAUUUUUUUUUUAAAAUCUAGGGAUGUUGUCUAUAAAUAUAUAAAAAAAAUAAUUUGGGUGAAAUUGCUUUCUUAAAAGUUCGCUGCCUAGUCAUUAUUAUAUUGUAUAUCAAAAAUAAUUUUAAUUCUAUUAAAAAAAAAAUUUUUUUUGGUUUUUAAAAUCCAAAAUAUUAUUUAUAAUUCUUUUUUUUUUAAACAAUAAGUAGGUAAUUUUUUUUAAUAAUUAUUUAUUUAAUUUAUACUCAGCAGCAAAGACUGAGGAGAAUUGCGCACUUAUAAAAAAAGAGUAAAAAAACUAUUUUUAUUGAAAAAUAUUUUUAAAAGAAAAAAAAUUUGUCUCUGCUGGUGAGUUUAUAUAUAUAUAUAUAUAUAUAUAUAUAAAGCGUCUUAUUUAUUACUCUGGGCAAUUUUUUCGACAAAAUUGACAUAAACAAACGCUACGUGCCAGUAAAUGUGUAUUUCACGAAGAGGAGAAUGAUUUAGUUUCUAGAUAUACAUAUAUAUAUAUAAAUAUAUAUAUAUAUAUAUAUAUAGUAGGCGUAGCUGAUAAUUAGGAAUCGAAUUCAAUGUUACCGCUGUUAUUAUACUGCGACUAUUCAGAUUUUGUAUUUUCUACAAAAAAAAACAUAGAUUAAAAAAGAAGCGAAAGAAAAAUUUGUAAUAAAUAAAUUUUUUAGUAUUGUUUUAUAUGAAAAUUGUAUACUUUAGGCUGAGUCCACAGUGGGCUGAUUAUGUUAACAUAAGAAUCUCAUUUGUUGAUACAGCUUUAGUGAUCCAGUGUAUACUUGGCUUAACACUGGUUUUUGAAAAAUUACAUUCAGUAGAAAUAUUAAAAUUACUUACACUGAGACUCAAGCAAACUAUUUUUUUUUUUUAAAUCAGUUAUAUUUUUUUACAAUUUUCUAACCUUAAAAACAAUAGAGGUAGUCGAGGAUUACACCCAACUGUACUUUCGGUUUUACGACAUUUUAAAAAGUCGUGACACCUCUAUAAUAGUUUUUAUUAUAGACGUAUCAAUAGAGAAGUUAUCUGAAUAGUAAGAAUCCUUUAAAUGAAGUUUUCUGAAUAAUAAAAAUCCUUUAAAUGAAGUUUUCUGAAUAAUAAAAAUCCUUUAAAUGAAGUUCUCUGAAUAAUAAAAAUCCUUUGAAACGAAUGCUUCCGUUACGACAUCAUUGAAAACUCACUGGCGACUGAAAAAUAUAAAAUGCUGUCAAACACCUGAAAUGUGUUGAUCGUUAGGCUGUGUUUACACGACUGCGUUUUGCUUUGCACAAUGAGUGAAAAAACGAUGAAAAUAUGUUUCUCUCUUUCUCAUUGUUCAAUGUAAAUGGGACCUUACCGUUUCACUUUUGCAUUUAGCAACUUUUGUCCCAUGAAAAGGCACCUUUAUUCGAAUUUUUGUUAAUAAUAGUAACCCAUCCCUUCAAAAGCUAAUUUACAAUUGAAUCUAAAAAGUGAAUUUGAAAAGAGAUAUAUUUCUAUCCUUUUCUAUCUCAUGCAUCUCCUUUUAGAAUCCAUUGUAAAUUGACCCUAAUAAAACCAAACUAACAAGUGUCGCUAGUAGUCUCAUUGAAUUUAAGAUUUAAUAUUUCUGAGUAAUGCGUUUUUGAAAUUGAAACCUUGUGAACAAACAGUAUGAAUGUCAGAAAUUUGUAAACAGAAUUCUAGAUAAAUUAUUUUUUUGGUAUUAGAAAAUAUUAAAAUUUUGGUGCGUAAAUAUGCGUGAAAAAAAUUUUUUGCGUAAAAUAUGCUAAGAUAAUGUAACAGUGAUUUACUUGCGCUGAAAAUUUUUAGGUCCUUGAUCUGAAAUGCCUAUAAAUGUGACGCGCUCUGAAAGAAAGGGAAAAAAUUAUAGGUUAUGUUUAUAAUAGUUUACAAACUAUCAUAAACAUAACCAAUAAUUUUUUGCUAUUUUUAACAUCUUUUCUCUCCAGAGCGCCUCAUACACUGUACGUACUUCCGGUUUCCGAUUUUAAAAAUUCGUGACACUUCUAUAAUAAUUUUAUUAAUUCGUGGCGUAUGUAUUUGCCAUACGCCACGAACUAAUGAAAUUAUUAUAGAAGUGACACGACUUUUUCAAAUUAACACAUAAUUCUCGUCAACUACCGCACCCUGUUCUAGUGAAAAUUCAGUAACUUUUAAUUUUAACAAAAAAGUCACUAAAUUUUCACUAGAUCAGGGUGCGGUAAUUGACAAAAAUGGGGACAAUGGAAACCAACCACCAUGAACUAAAAAAAUUAUAAUAGAAGUGUCACGACUUCCUCAAACCGGAAGUACAAAUCGUCGGUAUAUUUGACCAAGUGUACAACUUUCUAUUUAUAGCUUUUUUUGUCACCAUCCGGUAUUAUUAAAAAAAAAAAAAUUUUGCGAUUAGUUAUGUAGAUUCUUUUUUUUCCUUUUUUUUAACGCACCGCUGGCAGUAUUUAUCAGUGGAGCGACUUUCGCUCAGAUACGCUUAAAGUUGAUUAAAAAAAAUUAAUAAUAAUAUUAAUUAAAUAAAAAAAAAAUAAAUAAAACACUGUGAAUGAAAGAAAAAGUUGGGACUUUGGUAAGAGGCCUUUCUCUCACAUAUGAGAGAUAUAUAUAUAUAAAUGAGAACUAGAAACUUUUUUUUAUACGAAAGAAUGAUAUAACUAUAAACUUUUUUUUGUAUGUUUUUUGCGUUUUUAUUUGUAAACUGUUAUAUAAUGAGCAACGUUUACGUUGUUUAGGUUUAUUAAUUACUAACUUGGCUCAUAAAUAUUAUCAUCCUUUUUUUCUUUUAAAAAAUAACGGUAAAUCCAUUCCAAAUAUCGAUAUAUCGAUAAAUUUUUUUUUUUUUUUAAAUAUAAUCGACUAUUGAAAACUAUUUUCGAUAUUUAAGAUAUCGAUACAUCAGUUUCGAUAUAGUUCACUAACAUAUCUUUGAUAGAUCGAUAUAUCGAAAGUUCGAUACAACCAUUUAUAAAAAUAUUCGUUAUAUUUAAAUAUAAAAAUUUGGAAAGUGUAAAAAAAAUUAAACGCACCCAAUUUUGUAACUGCUGUUCUUCCAGUUGAAAAUUCGUGACACUUCUAUAAUAAUUUUAUUUAGUUCGUGGCGUAAACAUUGAUUACAAUAAACACCACGAACUAAUAAAAUUAUUAUAGAGGUUUGAUGGUAUUUCGAAAAGUCGUGACACUUCUGUAAUAAUUUUAUUUAGCUCGUGGCGUAAACAUUGGUUAUUCGUCAUAAACUAAUAAAAUUAUUAUAGAAGUGUCACGACUUUUCGAAAUACCAUCAAACCAUAAGGAAAGCAGUUACGUGUUUUUUUUUUUUUUUAAAAUUACUAUUCUAAUUGGCUUGACAAUUUUUUUUGUUUAGUGAAAAUUUUUGUCAUAGAUAAUAAAGAAUAUUGAUGAGCCUCAUCACUAAUUAUUGUAUACACACACACACACACUAUGCGAAAACAUCGAUAAAAAAAAAUGCAAGUUUUUUUUUGCAUCAUUCUCUUAAUCGACAAAUAUUAUAUAUGAAAACAUAUCAUCGUGAUAAUCACAAAACACAAUUAUAAUCACUGUAUAUCAGAAAAAUCAUAAUUAAACGUUUAAUUUUGUUGAAUGUUGAUAUCGAUGGUUUUUUAAAGUGAAUAAACAAUCGUGAUAACGUCUUUGGCAUUUGUUUUAUUGUAUAUAUAUUCAAAAAUAUAGGUUAAGACGAAACAUAACCUUAAAAAUUAAGGUCUUAUGUCAAAAACAUAGGUUAAAACGAACAUAACCUCAAAAUUGAAGGUCGCAAAUAUAUGUCCGUUACUGAUAUAAUGACGUGAAUAUAGCCGCAAUACUUUUUUUCUCCUUUCUUUAAAGCUGCGUUCACAAUGGACUUCUUGUGUUGAUAUGACAGAACGAAUAGAAUAGAUUUCUUAUUGUAUUCGUUCUGUUAUAUCAAGACAAGAAAUCCAUUGUGGACGCAACUUAAAGCAAAGUGUUACUAUGGCAAUAGGCCUAAGCGAAAUGAAAUCUCUAAUCGUAAAUUUUAAGCUUUUACAUGAGAGAGAAAAGGACAAAAGAUAUUUCUAUCCUUUUCUCUCUCAUGUAAAAGCUUAAAGGUACGGUCACACGACUUUUGGAAAAACCAUUCUUGUCUUUCUCUCUCCUAAGACAGAGGCAUAAGAUUGUCUCACUCUGCAUUUUCUUACAUUUCCCAAAGACGGAAAAUGCAGAGUGAGACAAACUUAUGCGCCUGUAAUAGGAGAGAGAAAGACAAGAAUGGUUUUUCCAAAAGUCGUGUGACCGUACCCUAAGAUUUACUAUUAGAGAUUUCAUUUUGCUGAAGCCUAGUGGUUACCAGGGCAGCAGAUGCCAUAGCAACCGUUGCUAUGGCGCCUCAUAGAGCAAGAUGUGAACAUAACCUCAAAACAUAGAUUAAAGAUUAAGUAGCAAACAUAACCUCAAAAUUUGUGUCAAAAGACAAGAGAGGCAUAACCUCAAAGUUCAGGUCACAAGUCCAAAAGGGAAACAUAACCUCAAACUUUUAGUUUAACUAUAUUAAAUAAUAAAUAAUUAAUAUUAUUUUUUUAAAUUAUUAAUAAAUACUCAAUAAUUAUAAAUAUUAACUUUAUAAUAUUGUUAAUUAUUUUGAAAUUAUUAUAAUUUACCUUACAAUAUUAUGAAAAGAAAAAUUACAAAUUAAUAAAUAAUUAUAAUUACACUCGUUUUUUUGAACUACUUUGUGUGAACAAUUAUUAUAACAACUGGUGACAUUUGUGUCAUUAAUUUUGCAAACUAUUGUUGUUCAUUAAACAAUAUAGUCUAUCUUGUGAAAAAACACUUGUGCGUACAUUAAAAUUCAAAACUAAUCGACAUAUAAAUAACGGUCAAAUGAAAAUUAUAUUUCUUGUCACUAAAUAGUCUUUUGCGUGUUUAUAACUCCGGAAAGAUUAAAAAAAAAAAAAAACAUUAAAAAUGAGAAUUUUUUCAAUUACAUUUGCUCUUGUCGGCAUUUUAGUUUCGGUAAUUUAUGCAAUACCAGCAAUACCCGAUCCAAUUGAUGCUGCUUCAAAUUUAGCCAAUCGAUUUGGACAAAUUCCUGAGGAUUUGGCCGAUAUUGGUUUAUCGCAAAUGGAAAAUGUACUUAAACAAGCUAAACAAGCGGCAAAUGCUGAAAAAAAUCCGGGUUUAUUGCAUAAUUUAGUUCCACGUAUUGAUAAUAUGAUUAAUAAAGUUCGUAAUCUUGCAAAAGAUUUAACUCUUGGAAUAUCAGAAGUUGGAUUUAAAGGAUUAUUAGGACUUCCCUCGGAUGAUAAAUAAUGCAGAACCACUUAACAGAAAGAAAUUCUUAUCAAUAUAUACAUAUAUUAUUUGUUUUGAGAAAAAAUCUAAAGGAGAAAAGGAAAAUUUCCAGAGAAAUAUUAAAGUUGUAAUUUUUUAAAAAUAUAAUUUAUUAAAAUUGUUAUUAAAAUUGUAAUUUUUAAAAAAUUUUAAAUAAAAAUUUAAUAUCAUUACCUGAA